AUGAAGUGGCUGCUCGUCGUGCUGCUCUUCGCCGGAGCGGUCAUCGCCAUGCGAAAACAAGGAGUGGCCGUGAAGGGAGUGCUCAAGUGCGGCACUGCGUUCGCCAACAACACAAAAGUUAGAAUUGUGGACAUCGACACGGGACCGGAUCCGGACGACACGCUCGACGAGAAACGGACCGGGGAGGACGGCGCGUUCUCUUUGACUGGAAGCACCCACGAACUGACCUCCAUCGACCCAGUGCUGUACAUUUGGCACGAGUGCAGAGACGAGCAGACUGUGAGUUAUUGAAAUUGUCCGGGUGUCGAUGACACAGCUAAAAGUUUCACUUUGAUUAUAUUCUCUGAUCCUUCGCCCACCUCCUUCCUUUUUCAGCCGUGCUCCCGGAAGAUCAAGCUGUUGAUCCCGAAGAAGUACAUCCACGGAGGCACUCCAACUGCCGAGCAAUGGGUCGACAUCGGAGUGCUCAAUUUGGAAGGAUCCUUCGAGAACGAAGGUCGCGAGUGCAUCAAAGACUAG